AUGGCCCGCGAGCCCGGCGGGGACCAGGCGGCGGCGGCGGCCGUGCUGGCUCGCCCGGGCUGCCCGGGCCGGGCCGGGGCCCCGCGGCCACCCCGCUGGUUGCUGUGCCUGCUGGCGUGCUGGCUGCUGGGCGCCCGAGCCCGCGCCGACUUCUCCAUCCUGGACGAGGCGCGGGUGCUGGCGAGCCAGAUGCAGAGACUGUCGGCCGAGGAGCUGGGGGUCGUCACCAUGCAGCGGAUAUUCAAUUCCUUUGUUUACACUGAGAAAAUCUCCAAUGGAGAGAGUGAAGUACAGCAGCUAGCCAAAAAAAUCCGAGAGAAGUUCAACCGGUACUUGGACGUGGUGAACCGGAACAAGCAGGUGGUGGAGGCGUCCUACACGGCUCACCUGACCUCUCCCCUCACCGCCAUUCAAGACUGCUGCACCAUCCCGCCAUCCAUGAUGGAAUUCGAUGGAAAUUUUAAUACCAACGUGUCUAGAACCAUUAGUUGUGACCGACUUUCCACUACUGUGAAUAGCCGGGCCUUCAACCCAGGACGAGACUUAAACUCAGUUCUGGCCGACAACCUGAAGUCCAACCCUGGGAUUAAGUGGCAGUAUUUCAGCUCAGAAGAAGGCAUCUUCACUGUUUUCCCAGCACACAAGUUCCGGUGUAAGGGCAGCUAUGAACACCGCAGCAGACCCAUCUACGUCUCCACCGUCCGGCCCCAGUCCAAGCACAUUGUCGUCAUCCUGGACCACGGAGCUGCCGUCACCGACACCCAGCUGCAGAUCGCCAAGGACGCCGCCCAGGUCAUCCUCAGUGCCAUCGACGAGCAUGAUAAGAUCUCUGUGUUGGCGGUGGCAGAUGCCGUGCGGACUUGUUCCCUAGACCAGUGCUACAAAACGUUCCUGUCUCCUGCCACCAGCGAGACCAAGAGGAAGAUGUCCGCCUUCGUGAGCAGCGUCAAGUCCCUGGACAGCCCAACCCAGCACGCCGUGGGCUUCCACAAGGCCUUCCAGCUCCUCCGCAGCACCACCAACAGCACCAGGUUCCAAGCGAAUACAGACAUGGUCAUCAUUUACCUGUCCGCCGGCAUCACAUCAAAGGACUCUUCGGAAGAAGAUAAAAAGGCGACACUGCGUGUCAUCAAUGAGGAAAAUAACCUCCUAAACAACUCCGUGAUGAUCCUCACCUACGCCCUCAUGAACGAUGGGGUGACUGGUUUGAAAGAGCUGGCUUUUCUGAGAGACCUGGCGGAACAGAACUCGGGGAAGUACGGGGUCCUGGACCGGACAGCCUUGCCCGUGAUCAAGGGGAGCAUGAUGGUGCUGAACCAGCUGAGUAACCUGGAAACCACCGUGGGCAGGUUCUACACCAACCUUCCCAACCGCAUGAUCGAUGAAGCCGUCUUUAGCCUCCCCUUCUCUGAUGAGAUGGGAGAUGGUUUAAUCAUGACCGUGAGCAAACCCUGUUAUUUUGGAAACCUCCUUCUGGGGAUCGUGGGUGUGGACGUGAACCUGGCGUACAUCCUUGAAGAUGUGACUUAUUACCAAGACUCUCUGGCUUCCUACACUUUUCUCAUCGAUGACAAAGGAUAUACCCUCAUGCAUCCAUCUCUUACCAGGCCCUACUUACUCUCAGAGCCUCCUCUUCAUACUGACAUCAUUCACUAUGAAAAUAUUCCAAAAUUUGAGCUGGUGCGGCAAAAUAUCCUCAGCCUCCCGCUGGGCAGCCAGAUCCUCGCCGUGCCCGUCAAUUCCUCCCUGUCUUGGCACAUCAGCAAGCUGCGGGAAGCCGGGAAAGAGGCCUACAACGUGAGCUACGCCUGGAAAAUGGUGCAAGAUACUUCAUUCAUUCUCUGUAUUGUGGUGAUACAACCGGAAAUCCCUGUCAAACAGCUGAAGAAUCUCAACACCAUCCCCAGCAGCAAGCUGCUCUACCAUCGCUUGGACCUCCUGGGCCAGCCUAGCGCUUGCCUGCACUUCAAACAGCUGGCAACCCUCGAAAGUCCCACCGUCAUGCUGUCGGCCGGCAGCUUCUCCUCACCCUACGAACACCUCAGCCAGCCAGAGACGAAGCGCAUGGUGGAGCACUACACCGCCUACCUCAGCGACAACACCCGCCUCAUCGCCAACCCGGGCCUCAAAUUCUCUGUCAGAAAUGAAGUCAUGGCUACCAGCCACGUCACAGAUGAAUGGAUGACACAGAUGGAAAUGAGUAGCCUGAACCCUUACAUUGUCCGCCGUUACAUAGCAACGCCCAAUGGUGUCCUCAGAAUUUACCCUGGCUCACUCAUGGACAAAGCAUUUGAUCCCACUAGGAGACAAUGGUACCUGCACGCCGUCGCUAACCCCGGCCUGAUUUCUCUCACUGGCCCUUACUUAGAUGUCGGAGGAGCUGGCUAUGUCGUGACCAUCAGUCACACGAUUCAUUCUUCCAGCACCCAGCUCUCUUCCGGACACACCGUCGCUGUGAUGGGGAUAGACUUCACCCUCAGGUACUUCUACAAGGUCCUGAUGGACUUGUUACCAGUCUGCAACCAAGAUGGUGGCAACAAAAUCAGGUGCUUCAUCAUGGAAGACAGAGGCUACCUGGUGGCGCACCCCACCCUCAUCGACCCCAAAGGUCAUGCACCCGUGGAGCAACAGCACAUCACCCACAAGGAGCCCCUGGUCGCCAACGACAUCCUGAACCACCCCAACUUUGUCAAGAAGAAUCUGUGCAACAGCUUCAGCGACCGAACGGUGCAGAGAUUCUACAAAUUCAACACCAGCCUGGUGGGAGAUUUGACGAACCUGGUCCACGGCAGCCACUGUUCCAAGUACAGACUGGCGAGGAUCCCAGGCACCAACGCGUUCGUGGGCAUCGUCAAUGAAACGUGUGACUCUCUUGCCUUCUGCGCCUGCAGCAUGGUGGACCGGCUUUGUCUUAACUGCCACCGAAUGGAGCAAAACGAAUGUGAAUGUCCCUGUGAGUGCCCCUUAGAGGUGAACGAGUGUACCGGCAACCUCACCAACGCGGAGAACCGAAACCCAAGCUGUGAGGUCCACCAGGAGCCAGUGACGUACACCGCCAUGGACCCUGGUCUCCAGGACACACUGCCCCAGUGUAUCAACAGCCGGUGCAGCCAGAGGCUGGAGAGCGGGGACUGUUUUGGCGUGCUGGAUUGUGAGUGGUGCAUGGUGGACAGCGAUGGGAAGACUCACCUGGACAAAUCCUACUGUGCCCCCCAGAAGGAGUGCUUCGGUGGCGUGGUGGGAGCCAAAAGUCCUUACAUCGACGACAUGGGAGCGAUCGGGGAUGAGGUGGUCACCUUGAACAUGAUCAAAAGCGCCCCUGUGGGCCCUGUGGCCGGGGGCAUCAUGGGCUGCAUCAUGGUCCUGGUCCUGGCCGUGUACGCCUACCGCCACCAGAUCCACCGCCGCAGCCACCAGAGCAUGUCUCCUCUCGCCGCCCAAGAAAUGUCGGUGCGUAUGUCCAACCUGGAGAACGACCGAGAUGAAAGGGACGACGACAGCCACGAGGACAGAGGCAUCAUCAGCAACACCCGCUUCAUCGCCGCCGUCAUCGAACGGCACGCACACAGUCCCGAGAGGAGGCGUCGCUACUGGGGACGCUCGGGGACCGAGAGCGACCACGGCUACAGCACCAUGAGCCCACAGGAGGACAGCGAGAACGCGCCCUGCAACAACGACCCCUUGUCGGCGGGGGUGGACGUGGGCAACCACGAGGAGGACUUGGACCUGGACACCCCGCCGCAGACGGCCGCCCUGCUCAGCCACAAGUACCACCACUACCGCCUGCAUCACCCCACGCUGCACCACAGCCAUCACCUGCAGGCCGCUGUGACGGUGCACACGGUGGACGCGGAGUGUUAGCGCCCCCAGCGGGCGCCGGGAGCAUCGUCCCGCCACGGCCGCUAACGGGUCCAGAGCC